AUGUUUUUCAAACGAAAUGGUGGUUUAUUGUUAGAGCAACAGUUAUUGUCUGGCGAAGUUAAUCUUGACAAAAUCAAGUUAUUCAAUUCAAAAGAAUUAGAAAAGGCCACCAACAAUUUUAAUAUUGAUAGAAUUCUUGGUCAGGGAGGUCAAGGUACCGUUUACAAAGGCAUGUUUGGCGGAUGGAAGAAUUGUUGCAAGACCGAAGUUCCACUUUUGGUCUACGAAUUCAUACCGAAUGGAACUCUUUCUCAAUAUAUCCAAGAGCAGAUUGAGGAAUUCCCACUCACAUGGGACAUGCGGUUGCAAAUUGCCACAGAAAUUGGGUGCUCUUUCGUACUUACACAGUGCAGCUUCCUUUCCAUUUAUCACAGAGACAUCAAGUCUGCCAACAUACUUUUGGAUGAAAAAUACAGAGCAAAAAUUGCUGAUUUUGGAACUUCAAGAUCAAUUUCCAUUGACCAAACUCAUCUAACCACAUGUGUACAUGGAACAUUUGGUUACUUGGACCCACAGUACUUUCAAUCAAGCCAAUUUACGGAGAAAAGUGACGUCUAUAGCUUUGGAGUGGUCCUUGUUGAGCUCUUGACGGGGCAAAAACCAAUUUCUGCAGUAACAUGGUCACAAGAAGAAGAAUACAGAAGUCUUGCCACAUAUUUCAUUACCUCGAUGCAAGAAGAUCGUCUGUUUAACAUUGUUGAUGCUCGAGUUUUGAAGGAGGGGUCUGAAACAGAAAUCCAGGUAGUCGCUAACCUUGCAAGGAGAUGCUUGAAUUUGAACGGAAGAAAUCGUCCUCCAAUGAGAGAGGUUACAUCAGAACUAGAGGCUGUACAAAUGUCAAGAAAACCUUCCAUUAGUGCUCAGCAAAAUUCUGACGGGGUUGAUUUUGGGGAAGAUGAUUCAGUUGAGCAUUGGGAUGUCGAAUCACUUUCAGAAGUGUCGGCUAGCUACUAA